AUGAGUGGCCCCUCUCUAGCGAACACGGACUUUUAUUACGGCGAAGCAAAGGAGCAAGUGGACCCAUCGAAUCCGGCCGGUCGCCGGAAAGAAAUCGAUAAUGUGAUGAAGAGAGCGCGACAGGCGUCGCCCGGCAGCUGGGAUCGGAAGCUGCUGCAGGUGGAGGAGAAGGAUCCGAAUAGAUGGCGUCACACAGGUUACAAGCAAUUGUAUUUGGACGGCGCCGGCUCUGUGUCGCCGAGGCGGUCGCGUUCACCGCGCCGUUCGCGUUCGCCACUAGCGCGACGCUCACGGUCGCCGGUCAGACGGUCACGGUCGCCGGUAGUGAGACGGUCAAGGUCGCCCGUGGUCCGACGGUCGCCGCGGAAGUCCCGGUCGCGGUCGAUACGGAGAAGCCCCAGGCGUAGCCCCAGACGGAGCCCCGUUCGGCGCAGUCCGAACCGCAGUCCGCGCCGCAGAAGCCCCGUCGUGAGAAAGCGGGUCAGGCCUCCGCCCCCGCCGAGGAAUCGACCCCCGAGCCCGCCGGACCCUAGAAAGUCAUCCUCGGGCUCAUCGGCCAGCAGCUGUUCGGACGAAUCCUGUUCGGUUUGUUCCGCAAAGAACAAGAAGGUGCCACCGCCCGUCAAGGGUAAGCCCGUUGUACGCGGCUCGCCGCCGCCGAAGCGGCCUCUGCCACCGAGCGGUGGGCCGGUCGUGUUGCCCACACGGGAGCUGCUGAAGGCCAGGGAAGCCAGCAAGAGGACACGGGAGGAGAAGGUGCUCGAGUGGCAGCGCUCGCAGCUGGCGGUGCGGCCGGCGGCGCCGAUCCCGCCGGCGCAGAUCAAGCGCGAGGGCGAGCGGCGGCGCGGCGGCGCGGCGCGCGCGGAGCGAGCGGAGCGGGCGGACCGCGAGCGGGCGGAGCGGGCGGAGCGGGCGGGCCGCGGCGUGUCGCCCGCCGCCAUCGCCGCCGCGCUCGCCGACAGCGACAGCGACUCGGAGACGGACGCGAGCGCCUCGCCGCCGCCACAGCGGCUGACGCUGUCGGAGCGGUUCGGCAAGAUGGCGCAGUGGUCGGCGGCGCGCACCGCCCGCACAGCACACACACACAGACAGAUACCAAAACGCGCUUGUCUCCACGUACUACACACGUACUCACGCGCCGCCGAGCCGCCGCCGCUGUGGGACGCGCACACUGGGCUGGAACCGGCCCCGGUGGGCAGCUAUCCCGAGGAGCUGUUGGCCGUCGCCCCCGGCGGUCUGCCGUCCUGGGACGACGUCAGAGUCAGAUACGAUUACUAUAAGAAACGGGGCUAUUUACGAGGCCUCUCGCUGGGCGACUACGUGAAGUGGGAGGAGUGGUGGUACAAAUACCAGGAGUGGCUGAAGCGCGAGCGCGCCUACGAGCGCUGGGCGGACGGCGAGGCGAUGCCGGUGCGGCGCGAGCGGCGUCGUCGCGGCGGCCGGCACCGGCGCAGCUGAGGGCGCGCCGCCCCCGCGGCGGUCCUGUGCGUGGACCUCGCCGCGGGGGCCGCCCGCCACUAGGCGCGCGACCGCCGCCGCCGCGCCGCCCGCACGCACACUUGUGACGUCAUCAUUGGGAAGCUAACGAACGCGCGCCGCGCGCCCGUCGACUCGCACGUGCGCACAGUGUUCGUGUUAGUGUAAAGUGUGUGGUGCAAAGUGUAUAAGUGGAUAGCGGCGGCACGAAUUUU